CCUAUCCCCUGUCCCAAGACUCCCAUCCCCUGUCCCCAUCCCCUGUCUUCUAUCCCCCACCCCUCCCCAAACCACCAUCAUCUAUCCCCCGUCCUCUCUCCCCUGUCCUCCAUCUUGGUCCCCACCCCCCUGUCCCAUCCCUAUCCCCUGUCCUCCACCCCCUGUCCCCAACCCCCAUGCCCUGCAUCCCUGUCCUGUCCUCCAUCCUCUGCCCUCCUCCACCUGUCCACCCCAUCCCUGUCCCCUGUCCUCCAUCCUCUGUCCCUAUAA